UCUCUCUCUCCCCUCCUCUCUCUCUCUCUCUCUCUCUCUCUCUCUCUCCCACACACACACACACACAAACAAGUCUCUUAAUUUCUCAACUUUCAAGUUAGGUGUUUGUUUAGUGUGUCUUGCGGCAAAAUGGUUAGAGCUCCAUGUUGUGAUGAAAACAGUGGUUUGAUCAAGAAGGGACCUUGGACGCCGGAGGAAGAUGAGAAACUCCUUGAUUAUGUUCAACUACAUGGCCAUGGGAGUUGGAGGGCACUGCCAAAACGUGCGGGCUUGAACAGGUGUGGAAAGAGUUGCAGACUCAGGUGGACUAACUAUCUGAGGCCGGAUAUUAAGAGAGGAAAAUACUCGGAUGAAGAAGAGCAAAUCAUCAUCAACCUCCACUCGGUUCUUGGAAACAAAUGGUCAAAGAUUGCUUCUCAUCUUCCGGGACGGACUGACAACGAAAUCAAGAACCAUUGGAACACCCAUCUCAGGAAGAAGCUCCUCCAAAGGGGUAUUGAUCCACAAACCCACAAGCCCAUCUCUGAUCUCAACUUGCUUGCCAACCUUGCUCACUUGCUAUAUGCCUCAAACUUGACCAAUUUGAUGAACCCUUGGGACAACAACAAUGCUUUUAGGCAACACUCAGAUGCCACUACUCAACUAGUCAAAAUCCAACUACUUCAAACCAUGAUGCAAGUCAUAAACACAACCACCCCCCUUCCAAACAUAGCACAAACUCAAACUAGUCUCUCGGGACACUACAACAACAACAACACUACUAUCCCACAACAAGCACCAUUGGAGUUUCCAAACUUGGAUGUGAAUGUGAACUCUCAACAACAAUUCAAUGACUUCGCUGAUAUUGAUAAAGCAAUUGCAUGGUUUGGAGAUGGGUUUCAACCACAAGUUGUUGGUGCCAAUUGUAACAACAUGAACAGUGAUUGUCAUACUCAAUCAUCAGAGAGUGCACUUCCUAGUAUCAACCAAGUUGAAAGCAAGAUUGGCCCAACAUACGCUUCUAGUCAAUCACCAACUUCCAAUAUCUUUGAAGCUUGGGAGAAGUUCUUGGAUGAUGAAGGCCACUCAUGGGAAGAUAUUCUUUGAGUAGGUUUAUCGUAUUAUCAAUAAUGUUACGCACGCCAUCUUAUUAUAUCACAUUUAAUUUAUUAUUUUGUGUAUGUGUUAUAUCAGAUAAUAAACUAAAUGUGAUAUAAAAAAAUAAUAAGCAUAUGUUUAAAUCUCUACACCACACAUUUGAAUUGUGUAA